AUGACCACGUUCCCCUCGCCCCAGCAGCAGUUCCCGGCGACUGCUCACAAAUUAACAGACGACACAGCAGGCUUGAAUCCGUCGAUAACCACACCCUCCACAAAUACAAACUCCACUCUCGUUACGCCACUAUCCACCUCAACCCGCCUCCUCCAUAGACCGCGACAAGAGGCUUCCUCGUCUACUCCAACACCCCCAACCCUACUCCUUCGACAGCAUUCAACUACUGAAAUUGUCCCCUCCAAUACGCUCUGGGAGCAAAACACGGCGUCGAUGUCGUCGGGCAUAUCUGGUAUCCACAGUCUACACAACUACUCCCAUAACAGUCGCAAGAUUCAAUCCUUCGACAACACAAACAUUCACAUUCCUUCUCAAAGACCCUCUCUUCCCUGCUCAUUACCCUAUACACCCCAUUAUCCCUCACUUUCUACCGAACACUUUGACCGAACAUAUGCUGUUCAAGUAACACGACGAAAAAGAGAGCUGUUAUUACGCAAGCUGCUAUCAGCGUCAUUCAUAGCUUGUUUGACUGCAAUACUAGCUUACUUUUAUUUCUCUUCCUCUAACAUAAGUAGACAAUUGUACAAUAGUAAACAUGGAUCCGGAAACAAUAUACACAUAAAUAAUAUAGAUAGCGUCAAGAACAAUGAUCAAACUAAUCAAAGACAUUCCAUUCAUAAUCAAGCUGAUACCUAUACAGACACUUUCUCUUCCGAUAGCUCUAGAAACAUACAUCCAACACAUCAUACAGAUGACAUAAUUCUCUACCGCAUUCUUGGCAAUGACCUCCCCCCCAGACACAAAACCGGUCAAACGCUACAAAAUCUCAAAUUCAUUCUCGACAACGAAGAGCCCCUUCCCCGGACUAUAAAAUGCUGGAUCCUCAAUCGCAUAUUUGACCAGUCUUACGAGAAGGCCUUGAUCGAUUUAUUGGAGGCCCACAACCAACAAUAUCUGAGAAUACCUUUUGAAGUCGAUGAGUAUUUGAAACAUGAUUUCAGAUUGGAAGAUUUUCCCGAGUCGGAUUUUUUCCAUUCAGAAGAGUUUAACAGGUUUACCAAUGUUGCUAAAUUACGAACCAUGGAUCAUACGUAUUAUGACAAGAAUCUAUAUGUUAUGAAUAAUAACGGAGGUCGUAACGCUGCCAUUCAACACGGCAAAUCCCUUCAUAACGUCCGUUGGAUUUUCCCACUCGAUGGAAACUGUUUUCUUACAGCCAACGCCCAUGCUGAUAUCAUUAAGCAACUCGAUCUUUACGGCGACGAUUACAAAUAUUUUAUUAUCCCUAUGGCAAGGUUGGUGAACAAUACACACCUGCUAGUGGAAGAGGAUGAGCGACCGGCCACACCAGAGGAGCCACAAAUUGUGUUUAGACACGAUGCUGAGAUGGCUUACAACUCGACCAUGAGAUAUGGCAGGCGAUCAAAGCUCGAACUCCUCUGGCGUCUAGGCGUACCCCCACGCUCAACCCACCACAAGCAACCCGUUCCGUGGGAAGUCUCGCACCCUACUCCCUCACCACCAUCUUCGCCUCUCUACAAGUCUGCCGGCUGGGUUUUCCGCUUAUUCUCUGGUCAUUCUGCCCAGGAACUUCCUCAAAAAGAAGCUUCUACACUACGCGCACUCAACCGUCUCCUUGCAAUACAAGGCUUCAUCGACAACGUAGAUGAGACCAUUGCGAGGACAAUACAAGGGUUUAAUCCUCAAAAGUUAUGGGUAUACGAUGAGGAAGAAUUCGAGAAAGUAAAAUUAAAUUUGUGGGUGGGAGACGAAAAGACCAAGAAAAUAGUGAGGUUUCUGGCUGACAGAGCAAAUAUGGUUGCAAAGGACAUUGAAAAGGAUAUAGUCGUCGUUGAGAAAAACGUGUGGGCUUUGGGAAAUGGAUUAAGAAAAUGGAAUGAUCAAAAUACGGUUAGAGGCGAUGCAGGAUUUAAUCUGAUGUCGGAAACAUAUAAACAAGAACAUUUGGAUGAAGAGAACAAAGACAAAGGACAAUUUAUAGAUAAUGUAAUAACUUAUUCUAACUGUCAAGAGCAAUCGCAGGAACGAGAGCUCGGUGGAGAAAAGGUCAAUAAUGGGUAUUAUUUAGCUACUCCCGACGUACACACUCAAACAGGCUCGAAGUCUCACCGCUGUACACCAUCAUUCUCGACAAACAAUAUGCAUCUCGCACCUUUAUUCGAAAACAUCACUACCCUAACCUUAUCCCAUUAUUUCUCCUCGAACGAUGUACAUGCAAGGCACGCAGCAAAUCUCAUCCGAUGGGUGUUACUGUCGUCUUAUGCUGUGGGCGACCAGAACGAUCUCGAUGUGGUUCAUAGUGCAACGGAGAGUGAAUCCGAUAAAUAUCCAGAUGAGGGAUAUGCGUUCCCGGCUUUGCAUAGAAUACCGAGAGUCAUGGAGAAAUACGCGAAACUUGAUAAUAUGAAAUAUAAAAAUGACGAAUACAAGGAUUCCAAAAAGGAAAAGGAUGAGAGCCAGAACGAGAAAUAUAACAAAGAAGAGGACGAGAUAGUAAAGGAAUUACUUCAAACAGACUUGUCACAUUUUCUCGAUUCUUGUAGACUUCUCUACCGUUCGCAUGCCCUAUCUCAUCACGAAUACCUCGAACUCAAAUCCCUAGCUUCCACUUGGCUGGAACUUCUCCUCUAUUCGCCAAGGGCAAUCGCCACAUCCCGUCUUCCAGACCAUCGUGCUACUCUUUACGACUUGAACGUCUCUGCUCUUGCUGCAUUUACAAACGACGUGCGUAUGUACCUACGCGUGAUCAAUCGUUGUCGAAUGCGAAUCGGAAAGCAUUUUCACGUGUCGCCUCACGCUGGGCCUGGACGAAUAAAGCAGAUAUUCGAGAUCGAUUAUGUGAACACAUACGGAAACGAAAAGAAUGAUCCGAAUGAAUACAAUGAGAUAUUAUUAAAGUAUAGUACUUCGAAUUUACAAUAUUGGCUGUUGUUAGCACGAGGAGUACAGAACGCUGCUGUCGGAAAAGACUUGUGGCAAUAUACUGCAAAACAGGGACAGCGUCUUUCGCGGGCCAUAAUGUCUCAUCUGGACUUGUAUCAUUCUCGAGUGCAAGAUGAUAUCCUUAAACCUUUAUUACACAUAGCACAGGCUGCACAUAGUGUUAGCGAUCAAAGAAAAAUAUGGCACGAUCACGGAGACGAACAUGACUAUUUUCAAAGUUUCUUUAAAAACAUUAAUGGAAAAAUGGACGUUUUUAGCGAUUUAGAGGGUAAAGAGGAGUGGAGGAGAAUAGUAGAGAGGAGGGUGGGGAUUGGGAGCGAAGCUAGAGAGUGGGGUAUACCACCUUUUUGGAUGCUUGGAAUCGCAUAA